AAUUUCUUAUCGAAUUCUGAGAGAUUUGAAGGUUUGCUGAGAUGUUGAGAGCUGUAAAAGCUAGAAAUGCAAGAUCAAAGCGGGAAAUUGAGAAACGGGAGCCUAAGAUAGAAGAAUCAGGACGAACAUUUCUUUUUUUGCGUGGAUCAUCAACAAAUAAGGUGGUUCAAACAGCACUUUUAGAUUUGUACUUGUUAAAGAAGCCCAAUGCAAUUAAAUUCUCUCGAAAAAACCAGAUUUAUCCGUUUGAAAACACAAGUUCAUUGAAUUUUUUAUCAGAAAAGAAUGAUGCAAGCUUUUUAGUGGUAGGAAGUUGUGGAAAAAGGCGUCAAAAUACGUUAAUCUUUGUCCGUAUGUUUGAUUAUCAGGUUCUUGAUAUGCUUGAGUUGCGUAUUGAAGCAGCAGUUUCAAUGAUAGAGUUUAAAAAUGAAAAGUGUUUUAUUGGGCUAAGACCAAUGAUUUUAUUUGUAGGAUCAUUAUUUGAAUCAUCACCAAAAUAUCAAUUGUGUAAAUCUAUGUUUCUUGACUUUUUUCAUGGAAAAACAACAGAUCAAUUAAAUAUUGAGGGCAUUCAGUAUGCUGUAUGUCUUCUAACAGAAGAGCCUACGGAUGAAAAUCCUUUUCCUCCUGUUUUUUUUCGUUUAUAUAUGGUUAAAUAUAUGAAGGAAGAAGGAUCAGGAUCAAAAAUAGAAUUGGAGGAGAUGGGACCACGUUAUGACUUUCUUAUUAGGAGAACACAUGAGGCGAAUGAGAAGAUGAUGAAGGAGGCUAUGAAAAAGCCAAAAAAACAUUUGCCUAAAAUCAAAAAGAAUAUUGAUGUUGAUAUAAUGGGAGAUAAAAUUGGGCAAAUUCAUUUAGCAAAACAGAAUAUUGAUCAACUUCAGACACGUAAGUUUAAAGGGCUAAAACGGAAGAUUGAGGAUAGUAUUGAGGAUGAGUUAUCUCUUAAUAAAGAUGGCAAAAAAAACCGUCGAGUUACUUUUAAAGAUGAUUUAACAUUACAUACUUAGACAGUUUUGAAUGUUUUAGGAGGGUAGAAGGCAGA